GGCAGGAAGGGAGCGGCCGGAGGGAUGGAGCGGGUCCCGGCAGGGAUGCCGUAGCUCCCGGGAUAUCCCGACCCGCCGGGACGCGGUGGAGCUGCCAUCCCCAAACCUCUCUGCAAUGGCCUCAGGGAAUGAGGGGAAUGAGGAACGCCGGGGGAGCCACGGGCUCAGCUCAGAAGGCCGCGUGGCAGAGGAGGCUGAGGAGGUGUUCCGCAGCUACGCCUUCUACCGCUACCAGCAGGAGCGCCAGGAGCGCGGCGCGGAGCUGCCGCCCGACCCCGAGAUCGAGCAGAUCCAGCAGGACCUGGAGAGCACGGGCAGCCAGGUGGGGCAGCGCCUGGCCAUCAUCGGGGACGACAUCUACCGGCGCUACGACGCCGAGUUCCGCACCAUGCUGGAGAGCCUGCAGCCCACCCGCCACAACGCCUAUGAGACCUUCACCAAUAUUGCCUCCAGCCUGUUUGAGAGUGGCAUCAACUGGGGCCGGGUGAUCGCCCUGCUGGCCUUCGGGUACCGCCUGGCCAUGCACGUGUGGCAGCACGGGGUCAGCGGGUUCCUGCGGCGCAUCGCGCGCUACGUCGGGGAGUUCAUGCUGCAGCACCGCAUCGCGCGCUGGAUCGCGCAGCAGGGAGGAUGGGAGGCCGUGCAGAACCUGGACAAUGUUUACGUCAAGUACCUGCUGGUGGUGGCCGUGGUGGUGGUGCUGGGGCACCUGGUGCUGCGGCGCUUCUUCACCUCCUGAGGGGGGCACCGGGCACCCCCUGCUCUGCCCCACACCCCCGCGACUGGGGGGACCCCAGGAACCCCCAGGAGAGAGCAUGGCUGGGGGCUCUGCAGGGCCUGGGGGCUCUGCACCCCCAGGAGAGGAAUGGGGACAGGGGGGGCUCUGCUUUGUUGGGUUUGGUGCCUCAAAAAGGUGCUGAGGAGGGCACAUGUCUGGGAGGGGACAUCUCUGGGAUGAGGCAUCUUUGGGAUGGUACGUCUCUGGAAUAGGUUGUUUCUGGGAGGAGACAUCUUUGGGAUGGGGCAUUUCUGGGAGGGGGCAUCUCUGGGAUAGGUUAUCUCUGGGAUGGGACAUUUUUGGGAUGGAACAUCUCUGGGAUAGGGUGUCUCUGGGAUGGGACAUCUCUGGGAUAGGGUGUCUCUGGGAUGGGACAUCCCUGGCCCCCCAGCUGCUGUGGAGGAGCAGAGAGGUGUGACAAUGCCAAUGUGGCACAAAACGCCCCAGUGGCAGCGUGUGACAAUGCCAGUGUGUGCCCCUGGUGGGUCCUGUGCCCCCGAGGCAGGAGCAGAGCCCCCUCCCCAUCACUGACAGCUCCAUCCCUGUGCCCCAGGGCGAUCCCAGCCCUGGCUGCUCCAAUCCUGCUGCUCCUGAGCCCAGCACUUGAGCCUUUCCCAGCACUUUGGGCCUUUCCCACCACUUUGAGCCUCUUUCCCAGCCUCUCCAUGGACAAUCCCGACCCUUUUCCAUGCAAACCCUCCUGGCUGCAGCCCUGCAUCUCCCCAGCAUCUCCCCCAGCACUAAAACCUGCGGUGCCAGGACUGGCAGGGUCCCUGCCCUCCUCCUGCCCCAGUUGGGCUCCCUGGCUCUCACUGGGAGCCACCGGAGCUGCAGUUACCCCUGGAGCAGGCACCAGGCUCCUCUGGGCAGGGAUUGGUGCUGGUUCUGUUCCUGACCAUGCCUGAGUGAUUUUGGGGUGAGCCAGCUCCUCUCUCCCAUCCCAAAGCUGAUUUCUGCAGAGCAGGGAGUUCAGGCUGGGUGUUCCCUGUCCUGCCCAAGCUGCAGAUGAAGGAUCCCUCCCUCUUCUCCCUCUGCAGGCUGAGCAGGACCAGCCUGGAUUUUUAACUCUCCCAUUUCUCCUGUCCCUGCCUCUUUUUUUUUAACAGAAUAACCAACUUUUGCAGCUUGCUUCCAUAGCUGAGCUUGGCAUUUUGCUCCUGGCUGCUCCCUUUUGGGAAUGCUCUCAAGAGAAAAGCAUUAAAAUAUUUCCUGUGUUAUUCCCACUGCUGCUCCGUUGUGCAGGGCAGCAGAGCUUGGCUGUGCUCAGGUUUUGUGGCCACAAUUCAGAUUUUGUGGCCCCCCCCGGCUGCUUUGUCCCCUUGCAGAUCCAUUUCUCCUCACCAAAUUCCCCUUCCCAUGGUGCCACCUCCUCUCCCAGCUCGGGAGAAGUUGAAUCUCGAGUUUUACCUCGGGUUUAAAGCCAUUUCUCUGCUGUGAACCAGUUCAACCAGUACGAUCCGCGCUUCCCCCUCCUCCCCAGCUCCUUUUUGGGUGCAAACGCCACCAGAUGGAGCCUUGUGGCCACGAUGGGUACGAGCCACCGUCGUUAUUUCCCUUUUUUUUUUCCUUAAUCGACAAAUCAUCGUCGGUUCUCUGCUUGGGUGGUGUCCAGCAGGACUUGGAAAAAAUAAAAAUCAGCUUUAAUUCGCUGCUUCAGACACACUCCUGGAACUCCGGAGGAUCAGGGAGAGCUUUUGGUGCUCAUUUAAUUCUCAUUUCCCAGCUAAAGCUCCCCCUUGCAGCUGUGAGGCCAUAAAGGAGAAUUUUCAGAUUUAUGGGAAAGGACUGAGCCUUAGGGAAGCCCAGGACAGGGGGGAGAACUCUUCAAUGGGUGCUGUACAAAGGAAAAAUUCCUUUUUGAUCCGUUUUUCUCAGGGGAUUCGCAGAGGGAGGAGCUCUCAGGGUGUCAGGGCCUCUCCUCCCUCUGCGCUCUGCUCUUUCCUGGGUGGAAAAAAGCUUGAACUGGGGCUGGGAAUGCUGAACUGGGACUGAACUGGGACUGGGAAUGCUGAACUGGGACUGGGAAUGCUGAACUGGGACUGGGAAUGCUGAACUGGGGCUGAACUGGGACUGGGAAUGCUGAACUGGGGCUGAACUGGGACUGGGAAUGCUGAACUGGGGCUGGGAAUGCUGAACUGGGACUGGGAAUGCUGAACUGGGAAUGCUGAACUGGGGCUGGGAAUGCUGAACUGGGACUGGGAAUGCUGAACUGGGACUGGGAAUGCUGAACUGGGACUGGGAAUGCUGAACUGGGACUGAACUGGGACUGGGAAUGCUGAACUGGGACUGGGAAUGCUGAACUGGGGCUGGGAAUGCUGAACUGGGAAUGCUGAACUGGG